AUGAUAGAAAGAGGAGAAGAAGAAGAAGAAGGCGAAGCAGUACCCUUGAUAGAUGUCUUGCUGCAGCUCCAAAGGGACAGCCCAGAGGAGUGCCACCUCGAUGGAGAUGGGAUCAAGGCAGUCAUCAUGGACAUGUUCAUCGGAGGAACAUACACGACGUCAACGCUUUUGGAAUGGACGAUGUCAAAGCUGAUUAAACACCCGAGCGUGAUGAAGAAGCUGCAAGAGGAGGCCAGGAGAGAAGCUGGUGUCAUUAUUUGUGAAGAAAAUUUGCAAAAGCUGGAGUACCUGAAGCUAGUAAUCAAAGAGACGACACGAUUGAUUGCACCCGCCAGUCCCGUUGCUGCCUCCAAGGCAACUUAUGCAAGACGCGACCAUAAUGGGUUACGAUGUAUCGGCUGGAACCAUGAUCCUAACCAAUGCGUGGGGGAUCGGAAGGGACCCGCAUAUUGGGGGGAAUCGCCGGAAGAAUUCCUGCCCGAGCGAUUUCUCCAAACCAAAGUGGACUUCAUAGGCCAAGAUUUCGAGUUGAUACCUUUUGGAGCUGGAAGGCGACGCUGUCCGGGGAUUUCUUUCGGCCUGGCAGUGGUGGAGGUGGCGCUGGCGAACCUAGUGAGGGACUUUGAUUGGAGGCUGCCCGGUGGAAUGAGAUUGGAGAUGACUGAAUGCGUUGGUCUUACAGCCCGCCGAGACGUCACUCUUCUCGCCAUACCCACCAUCGUCUCCGCCGGCCAACUUGAUUAG